AUGCUCAAGAACCAGCGGCCCGCGAGUGCCGAGUAUGCCCUCGCACCCGACGGCGAGAGCGAAGACGGCAGGCCGUACAAGCUCGGCGACGUGCCCGACCUGAGCCCCGAUGCCGGGCCGAGGUCGAGGUCCAAGUCGACGCCCCUUCGACUCUGCCUCGUCGGCGCCGCCUCCUCCCUCGUCGCCAUCCUUCUCUUCGUCGCCUUGGGCCUGCACCUGCGAGGUUCGGGACGAGCCGUGGCCAAUCGAACCUUUCCCGUCGUCCGCGAGGGCCUCAGCAACAAAACCGGCCUGCCCCUGAACUGGUCCGACGGAGACUGCGGGAACUCGCCGGCCGAGGCGAUGGCCCGCAACUGCCGCUACAGCAUCGUCCUCUUCGGCUGGCUCCCCCCGGGCUGCCACACGGCCGACGACGCCGCCGACGAGGAGAGCAUGCACGGCGGACAGUCGUGGCACUACGAAAGCGAGGGUCGAAACAUGACCAUGGACGAGCUUCGACUGGGAAACUAUCGCAACUUCACCUCCACCUACGACAUGCACCUCAUGCACUGCAUGUACGUCUGGAAGCGGAUGCACCGGGCCAUGCUGAACGCGAGCAUCCAAAUGGAUUCCUACUCGGCGAACCUGCAUCACACCGAGCACUGCAUCCACGUGCUCGGCGAGAGCUUCGCCAAUAAGGGCCGGGACACGGGCGUCAUUGCCGUCGUCAAGACCGUCGACGGCACCGACGGCCCGCCAGACGACCUCGGACGCAACUCUCACGCAGAUGGCACAGGCAAGGCGUACGGCGAGCUCGGCGAGCUCGAUGCGCGUGCCUAG